AUGUCUGAUGGUAUUUAUGAAGAUGUGAUCAGGACUGAGUCUGAGAGAAUGAACACAGACAGAAUGGAUAUGACAGUGGAAAUCUAUGAGAAUGCAGAAUGUGUGAGAGAUCAUGACUUCAGGACAGAGACAAACACACAACAACCACUUCAGCGUACAGAUAGGUUGGAUCCUCCUUCACAUCAUAUUUCACCUGUUGAUCGCACAGGUCGCCGGUCUCACCGUUCCUCAAGCCAGCUCAACACACCUCGCUCAAGAAGACCUCUUUCUCCUCCUCCAUCUAGAUCAUCACGGGGCUCGGCCGAUCCUCGCCAUGAUGCAUCUCGUCCUUCAUCAUCAUCAUCAUCCUCUUCAGCAGCAAGACCUUCCAACCCUCCUGUUGAGAAAUGGUCUGUCAACGCACUCAGGCAAGCGUUAUGCAACGCGGGUAUCCAUUUCUCCCGGAGGAAUACAAAAGUGCAACUUCACGAUCUGCUCGUGCGCUUGCACCAAACAGAGCAAACAGAGGCUCGAUCCAUACGGUUCGCCUCCAACCCGCCUCAGUUUCAGCCCGAAGCAGCAGCAGCCACGGGCGCCGCGAGUGCCACAGGCGCCGCUUCCUCGUCCGCCACUCGUUCCAGCCGGCAGUCUAUCGCGGCAGCUCGUAAUAGUUCUGUGUCCUCUCCGACCGUUACCGUUACCUUUCCUCCUCCCACAGUUCCUUCCAAUGCCGUUGCUAUGGAUCCACCACCCGUCUCCACCCAUCUACGCUCCCAGAUUUUAGCAGCGUUUUCUGUUUCAGAAAUUCAGAGCAUUAGCCCCGGAGGCGGACCCAGACCCAACCCCAGUUCCUCCCUAUUCAGACUUGAUAUUCCUGUAACUCACCCACUCAAACAUCUCCACACCUCAUCUCUGGAUUUAAUAUUCCACGCCAUCUCACCCAGAACAUUACAAUCCUACUGGACAGCUUGGAGAGCUUUCAAACAAUUCCAUUCCUCCUACAACCAGCCUUUUCCCAACUUUUCCCUCCUUUCAGUGUCUUCAUUCAUCUCAUAUCUCAACCAGAUUAAGUCCAUCCAACCCAGUACCAUCAAAGUUUAUCUUAGCGGCAUUCAAUUUUUCUUUAAACUAAUCUAUGGCCAUCCAUGCCCUGCUAUAACAAACCCUCAGAUCACACUCCUUAUCAAAGGAAUUCAAAAAACCAACCCCACUCAUCCCGAUUCUAGGCAACCUCUAACCAUUGAUCUUUUAGCUAAAUGCCUGACCUUCCUCCGUUCUGGUCAUAUGCCCCCCGAUACAGCAAGAACUCUGGAUGCUAUGUUUACCCUGGCCUUUUUUGGAUUCCUCAGAGUUUCUGAAUUUACGACCAAUUCUAAAUUCAAUCCAGCCAUUUACCCAACCUUCUCCGAUCUCCAAGUUUUAGACACAGACACCAUCCGUUUCCUCCUCAAAUGUAGCAAAACUGAUCAAUUAAACAAACGGCCAUUUCAUCCAUAUCUUCAAUCUUCGACACCCAUCCAGCCAUAUCAGUCUCUUUCCUACUUCCUUGCACACAGGAAGGUUCAGAUCUCCUCUCCACUCGACCCGCUUUUCAUUGAUGAGAACAACCUUCCAGUCACUAGGCAUUGGUUCCAUAAAAAGCUUAAACACAUCCUCACCCACUCUGGUAUCCAAGCUCACUUGUAUUCAUCUCACUCCUUCCGCAUUGGAGCAGCCACCACCGCAGCCCAAAAAGGUCUGCCAGAUCAUCAAAUAAAACUACUGGGUCGGUGGUCCUCAGACGCCUUUCAGUCUUACAUUCGCUCCGACCUCAGCCUCUUCAAACAAGCCCAUCUAACUCUUGCUUCUCUUUAAGAUAGCUGACCCAUGAAACUAAAUCCAACCUAUGCCUGCCAAAUCUUGCU